ACUGCGGUCUAAAAAUAACUCGAGCAGUUGUCACGAUGAGGUGAUGGGUUGGCAUCCAGCCAGUCAGUCGAUGACAGUAACUCACCAAUUCACACGAUAUAUUGGUUUAAAGAAAUGCGUGCAUUUUAACAUCUUGCGUCUUUUCAUGACGCUACAAAUUUUGCAUGUUUAAUCCAACUUUUAUUUUGGAGAUGUCGACAACAUCCGUUUUGACUGAAUUAGCCAAUCAGCGGGAAUGGCGGUGACGUCACCUUGCUGCGUUUAGAUGCUUUCCUGAUUGUAGGCAAACGAGAAGUCCGGUAGAAAAAGUCUCUGUGAAUGCUCAUUAAAAAGAUGUAUAUGAAUGAAGAAGCAAGCGUUUAACUAUCAAUACCAUUCAAAUUUAGGUUAAACUACCUGAAUACCGACGUGGACGUUGCCAAACCCCAGAAAUCCCUUGACACAUCUCUUAACGUCCUCUCUGUUGACACGAACGUGAACGCACCGUGUGCGUCGUGAGGUUCCGUCAUAUUUUUUUUCACAAUAUGUUUCGCGGAUAUUUUUGAGUAUUCUUGCAGAGGAAACGGGGUCCAAAGCGACAACAUGGUUACCAAGAGGAUUCGCUCUGAGUACAUGAAGAAAUUCAAAGACCCAAAAUGGGAGACCUACUCCAGGUGCUACGAGGAGAUGCUCAAGUAUCGGCUGACGCGCAGGCUGCUGGAGCAAGCCCACCACCCCUGGUUCUGGAGCGGCCUGGACAGUGACUCCGACUCUAGCGGACAGAGUCCUCCUGACAGGAAGCAGGUGCAUCCCUGUGCAGAACCUCCGGCGGAGCAGACCCAGGAAGGAGCCCAGAUCCCUCUGCCAGAGGAGCCGCAUGGUAACUGUUCCCAUGGCGAUGGAGUCGCAGAGUUAAAUUCACGGAAGGAAGAACUCAACGCAGCUGCACACACAGAGCCGCAGCCAGCUGUAGAAGAUCCUGGAGGUGGGCCACAGCAGCCGACCAAGCUUCCCAAGCAACGCCCCCGGCGCCCCCAGCAGGUCAGACCUGCUCUAUCUCGUCCGUCCAGGGAUCACAGCACAGAGGCCAGGCACCCGUUCGUCCUGUAUGGCGCUGGUGAAAAACACUCUGACAUCGCCGGAAGAAAGACGCACAACGUGGGCCCUGCUGCCUCCACAAAUGAGAUCCACGAGUCAGCCCUGCGGGCAAAGACCAGACGGGAGGUGGAGCGGCAAAUCCAGACCCAGAGGACGGAGCGACGGAGGUCCAAGUCUGCCCACCCGGAUCAAGCCAAGAAGGUGGUUCAGCUGGAGUACAACCCCUGGAUCACCGAGUACAUGCGCUGCUUCUCAGCUCGCUCGCGAUGACACUCAUUCACCAAAGAUAGUUGACUUUUGAGGAUGAAAAUCUGUCUCAAUCAGUCGCCUUUACAAGAUUUUAAACACUGGUUAUUACAGGGUGAAGACUUCAGAUAUAACGUUGGAAAAGCUUGUAGUUUCAUGUGCAAAGAAAUGUUGAGGUAGAGGUGAAAAGGUCAAAAUUUUCACCUUCAAAACAAAAGCACAAACCUCAUCUAACGUUUACAUUUUUCAUCGACACACUUAAGACCAAGUUCUCCCUAACCUGAGGUCCAAAGUGUUGCAUGUUAAAGUUUAUCAAUUUUAGUUUAAGCCCAACAGCAGCCUCACAUGCUUGUAUGGCGUUCAGCAGUGGUCAGUACCUGCUCCCCUACAGCCUGUUUUUGCUGAACCAUCUUUGUUUGUCCUUUUAGCACUUGUACACACUCUUUCACCCUGGUUUCACCACCACUUGAAGGACAUGCCAUCAUUAUUGACUUUGGUGUUUGAUAUUGUUACUUUAAAACAACUUUUUCUUCUCGCUCGCAUGUAUUCCAGUUGUGUGGCAGCUCAGCUAUUGAUCAUCCUGGUGCUAACUCACUCACGUGAGGAUGAUUUUACAGCUGAAAUUGAGCCAAAUGAAGAGGAAACAAAAGCCAAAACACGGACUAAAGACUUUGUGUUGUGAAAUAGAUCUGAAGGUGUGAUUGUGUGUGAUAUAGAGUUGCAUGAAGUGAGGAUCACACGUUGACAGUCACUCUGUGCCAUAAAUUGAACGAUCCUCCUUGAGUCUGAAGAUAGUGUGUGCAAUAUUAGUUGAGUGGAAUCACUAGCAUUUAAUCUCACGAUUAUCAUUUCAUUUCCAUGUGUGAGGUUAGUGAGCAGUUCGAUGAUGUUGGUGGUUAUGAGCAGAUGGAAUAAACAGAUUUCUACUGA